AUGGACAACGUUCACUGUGCUGUUGGUGGGUUCGAAACUCGACAAGUUUUUGGUCGCGGAGUGCCUGAGAGGCGUUGGGUGUCUUGUCGCUGUGCCGCGCAUCUUGACGACGCAAACGGGUCGUCAGCCAAGCUUGCUUCUAACGGACCUCACAUAAAUUUGGAAUCGUCCAAGGAGUCUGUAGACAUCGUUGUUGUUAACGACGAGGAGGAGGAGUGCGACAGUGAAUGUGAAAUAGUCAGUGUCAGUUCAGACAUAGACGAACAGGAAAUGAAGUGGCGAAAUGUCACCAGAAUGAACACACUCAUAUCCGCAGGCUACAAUAAUCCACGCCUUUUGUUAACUCGCAUUUUCGGAAUCAAUCCGAAUAUCCUUCCCUCCGAUAAUGGUAGCAUGUGGAGCAUUCUCUUUUCACUACUGUCGGAAACGAACAAUCGAAAAAGACUGAAGCAGUACUCUACGAUAGAAUCGGUCGUCCAACUCCUCAGAGAGAGUUCUCACAUUCUCGUUCUCACCGGUGCUGGCAUCUCAGUGUCCUGUGGGAUACCUGAUUUCAGAUCGCGAGAUGGUGUUUACGCCCGUCUGGCACGUGAUUUCCCAGAUCUGCACAGUCCUCAAGAUAUGUUUGACCUGCAAUAUUUCUUGCGCAAUCCAAACCCUUUUUUCAAUUUCGCAAAGGAACUUUUUCCUGGUCAGUUCAAGCCCUCCUACGCACAUCGCUUUAUCCGGCUGCUAGAAAGAAAGUCUAAGCUUUUGCGAAAUUACACACAAAACAUCGAUACAUUGGAGCAGGUUGCUGGAAUUAAGAAAGUUAUACAGUGUCAUGGCUCGUUUGCCACUGCGAGUUGUGUGAGCUGCGGUUACAAGGUCCGUGGCGAAGAGAUUCGUGAGGCAAUAAUGGCUCAACGCAUUCCCCACUGCCCACACUGCCGUCCCGACCUUGGUCUUAAGGGUGCGCCCCCUGUGACCGGUGUUGGCGCCUCCACUGUCACCGCCACCACUCCCGACACAUCGCCCUCGUCUUCGUCAUCCGUCCAUGGCGUGAUGAAGCCAGACAUUGUAUUCUUCGGUGAGGGCCUGCCUGCAGAGUUUCACGAAUCUCUGCAUCAGGACUUGCGUGAAGUCGAUCUCGUUUUGGUUAUGGGAUCCUCCCUCAAAGUCAGACCGGUAUCGCAUAUACCAGACUCUGUUCCUAGUAAGGUGCCCCAAAUUCUGAUCAAUCGUGAGUCUCUAUCGAACCACAACUUCGAUACUGAACUUCUUGGCGACUGCGAUGUGAUCCUCGAGCACCUUUGCCGACAGCUAGAGUGGAGUGUUGAUGAGGACUCCAAUGGUGCACCCUCGGUGGUCCAAGCUACCGCUUCCCUUACCAAAGUGAAUGUAAGCAUUCCUCUCUCCGCCGCUGUGGCUGCGCUGUCUUCCGAAGUCAACGUUUCAACGACCCAUCUGAAGGGUAGUGGUGAUGAGAAAUUGACCAAGUCAAGGCGUCCAGGAUUUUCACCUAAUUCCGUGACAGGUAUCUCUGUAGCCGUUGAGUCUGGUGCAGAUAAGUCCACAGCACAAGAAGCCAAAGGGUCUCCGUCUACAAGAGAAUCACGGUCUUCGGAAAUGGAGUCGAAAAAUGUCACAUUAGACGGGGCCAACAAUUUCCCGGUCGAUGUCGCAGGUGACAACAAACCAACUUUGGACGGAACCUCAGAGCGCCCCAUUGAUGUAGACGACUUCGAUUCUUAUAGCGAUUUAGAUUCGGAAUCAAGUUCUUCGUCCUCCGAGGAUGGCAAAGUUGCCUUCAAUUUAUCAGAAUAUUUGCCUGGGAACAGUUUUACCACUCUUCCACCAAACAUGUACAUUUUCAAGGGUGCGGAGUUUUCAUUGUCUCUCGAAGCAGCUUCUAAAUGUUUGCAAGAGCAGUUACAACAGAGCAGCAGAAAUCCUCCUGUGGCUGCGGCGGAAUCCAUAUCAUCACAAUCUUCCAGUGAAGACGAUAGAUUUAUGCAGCAAUUGUUACGCCGUUGCGAGCUUGACUCUGAGCUACAACGGCACCGUGCAGACGUGGUGAAUGGAGUGGCGACGGAGACAGAGACGAAGGAGGUGGAGGUAAUUGAUUGCGACUCCCCUCCAAAUGAGUGGAUCUCGGAGAAGAACAAAUCAUCAACGUCAUCCCUUGGGGUAGAAAAUGCGAAUUGCAAUGGAAGAGAAAAAAAAAAGACGCCUCCGUUCACGAACAGUAAUCCACCUGAUUCCAAACGGAGGCGUUGCAGUGACGAGGAAGAUGAUGAUGGUGUUAUAGAAACACCUUCGGCAGAUAAACCCGUUGAUGCCUAA